CUCACUUCCUCCUCCUAUUACAAUUGUAAUGACCCUUUUGCAAGCUGUAAUAGGAUGGAAGAACUUUUGGACUCAUCUUCCAAGACAUAGCUGAUAUACAACCCCCUCUCUCUCUCUUCUUUCUCUCUUAUAUAAACGAAUGUCGCCAUGAACUAGAGACGCCUAGUUUCCAUUUCCCUCCCACGUGUCUAUCUCUACAUUUUGAACUCUCUCUCUCUUCUUCCUCACUCCAUUUCUUUGCUUCUCUCUCUAAAAAUGGGAUCAAAAUCAUAGCUUCUCUUUCUGGGUUUACUACAUUCAAUCCAUUUCAGCUCAACACGAGUACCGUGUAGCCUCUGAAGCUUGCUUCGUGAACUGGGUCUUCGAGAUCACAACUCAAAAAUGGCUCCGUCGUUCCAUUGGUGGGCCAAGGAGAGCCACAGAGGGACGCCGGUGGUUGUCAAGAUGGAAAACCCCAACAACUGGUCCAUGGUCGAGCUCGAAUCCCCCUCCGACGACGACGAUUUCCUCCUCCACGACGGUCCGGCGUCGAAUCGGCCUCCCCGAGACAAAGGCCGGAACAAGAACGCCAAACAGGUCACAUGGGUCCUCCUCCUCAAAGCCCACAAAGCCGCGGGCUGCUUGGCCUCCAUUGCCGCCGCAAUGUUCGGCGUCGCCGCCGCAAUCCGCCGCCGAGUCUCCGCCGGGAGGACCGACUCCGAACUCGACAGCAGAGGCAAUAGGGUCCCCGAGAACUUGGCCGUGAGAGCUCGAUUCUAUUCCUGCAUAAAGGUGUUUCUAUGGCUGUCUGUGAUCUUGCUAGGGUUUGAGAUUGCUGCGUAUUACAAGGGUUGGCAUUUUGGCGCACAUAAUCUUCAAUUACAGUAUCUAUAUGCAUUCACAUCCCCAUUCAGUGUAAAGGGUGUGUUUGAUUUGCUGUAUUCGAAGUGGGUUUUGAUUCGGGUGGACUAUCUCGCUCCUCCUCUGCAAUUCCUCACCAAUGCCUGUAUUUUCCUCUUCCUUAUUCAGAGUUUGGACAGAUUAGUGCUGUGUUUGGGUUGCUUAUGGAUUCGAAUCAAGAAAAUCAAACCAAUCCCCAAACAAGGCGCAGUAGAUCUCGAGUCUGGUGAUGAUGGUUUCUCCCCCAUGGUUCUUGUUCAGAUCCCCAUGUGCAAUGAAAAAGAGGUUUAUCAACAAUCUAUUGCUGCUGUAUGCAACUUAGAUUGGCCAAAAUCGAAAUUGCUAAUUCAGAUUUUGGACGAUUCGGACGACGUGCCAACACAGUUGUUGAUCAAAGAGGAGGUUCAUAAAUGGCAGCAAGAGGGUGCCAACAUUGUGUAUAGGCAUAGAGUAAUUAGAGAUGGGUACAAAGCUGGUAAUCUCAAGUCCGCCAUGAAUUGCAGCUAUGUAAAAGAUUAUGAGUUUGUAGCCAUAUUUGAUGCCGAUUUUCAACCUGCCCCGGAUUUUCUGAAGAGAACAAUUCCUCAUUUUAAGGACAAUGAGGAACUUGGGCUGGUUCAGGCAAGGUGGUCCUUUGUGAACAAUGAUGAGAACCUGCUAACAAGAUUGCAGAAUAUUAAUUUAGCUUUUCACUUUGAGGUGGAGCAGCAAGUGAAUGGAAUUUUCCUUGGUUUCUUUGGGUUCAAUGGGACUGCGGGUGUGUGGAGGAUAAAGGCAUUGGAGGACUCUGGUGGGUGGUUGGAGAGGACCACGGUUGAGGACAUGGACAUUGCUGUCCGUGCUCAUCUCCAGGGAUGGAAAUUCGUCUUUCUCAAUGAUGUGGAGUGCCAAUGCGAAUUACCGGAAUCUUAUGAAGCUUACAGGAAACAACAACACAGAUGGCAUUCGGGGCCUAUGCAGUUGUUUCGUCUCUGUUUGCCUGACAUUAUCCGAUCAAAGAUCAGCAUUUUCAAGAAAGCCAAUAUGAUUUUCCUCUUCUUCCUCCUAAGAAAACUGAUAUUGCCCUUUUACUCAUUCACCCUUUUUUGCAUAAUUCUCCCAAUGACAAUGUUUGUCCCAGAAGCUCAGCUCCCAGCAUGGGUUGUCUGUUACAUUCCCGCCACCAUGUCAUUUCUCAAUAUACUCCCUGCACCAAAAUCAUUCCCCUUCAUUGUUCCUUACCUUCUCUUCGAGAACACCAUGUCCGUGACCAAGUUCAAUGCCAUGAUCUCGGGCCUAUUCCAACUUGGAAGUGCUUAUGAGUGGGUUGUUACUAAGAAAUCAGGGCGUUCCUCCGAGGGUGAUCUUAUGUCUCUGGUUGAGAAAGACAUGAAGCGUCAAAGAAGUAUGUCAGAACCCGAUUUGGGGGAAUUACAAGAAAUUAUGCAAAAGGAGAAGAGGGCUUCUAAGAAAAAGAAGAAGCACAACAGGAUGUAUACGAAAGAGUUAGCGUUGGCUUUCCUCCUCCUCACGGCUGCAGCUAGGAGUCUUCUGGCUGCACAGGGUAUCCAUUUCUAUUUCUUGCUCUUUCAGGGGGUAUCAUUCUUGGUGGUGGGUCUUGAUUUGAUUGGCGAGCAGGUUGAAUAAACAAAAAAUGAUACACUCGUCAUAUAAACGAAGGCAAAUUCUGAGGAGAAUAUUGAAUUUCAGUACCACCGAAUAGAACAGUUUGGAAAGGCCAAGGGGUGCGGCUUGCUUGUCCUCUGCCCUCCAGACAUCAGUCACAAUUCGACCUGAUAAGAGAAACGACGUUGGAACCCGAUUACCCCAUUACAGGGACUCAGAGAACCAUUAGAAAAUGGUGAUGUUUAUUACUAUUUAUAAGUGUUUUUUUUUUUUUUUUUUUUUUUUUUAUCUUAAUUGUUUUUAUUAUUUUUUGGAUUCUCCUGUUUUUGAGUCCUAUUCUUUUGUAAGAAAAUUGCCCUUCAAACAUCAACACAAGAAAUUUAGUUACAGUUCAA